AUGUCACUUAGUGAUAAAGCUCCUUUUGUUAUGCUCGAAACUAGCAUGGGGAAAAUAUGUCUCGAGCUCUAUUGGGACCAUGCACCAAAAACUUGUCGAAACUUUAGUGAAUUAGCUCGAAGAGGAUACUACAAUGGUACCAUCUUUCACAGAAUUAUAGCAGAUUUUAUGAUUCAAGGCGGGGACCCUACGGGAACUGGCAGAGGCGGAGCGUCGAUUUAUGGGGAUCGCUUUGCCGAUGAAAUAUCCGAAAAGCUUAAGCACACUGGAGCGGGUAUCUUAUCUAUGGCUAAUGCAGGACCGAAUACAAAUGGAUCACAAUUCUUCAUCACUUUAGCUCCCACCCAACACCUUGAUGGCAAACAUACAAUAUUUGGUAGAGUUGCAGCCGGAAUGAAGGUUGUUCAAAACAUGGGCAAGGUCGACACAGACAAUCAGGAUAGACCGAAAGCUGAAAUCCGGAUAGUAAAAGCUUAUCCUAGCGAUGACUCACGGCUCAAUUAA